UUUUUACCGGGAGUUUUUUGUUUAUUUCAGCUCAUGUGCCAAACAACACUGUGUUUAAGUCGUGUUUCUGUCUGACACACCUUAGUUUUGUAGGAUUUUCUUACUCGGUCACUUACUUGAAACAGCUGUGGUCGAAAGUUUCUUCGUAAGAAAAUGUCUGAUGAUAAAGAUGAGACUCAGCAGAGGUUAAAGGCAGCAAUCCAUUUCACCGUUGGUCGCCUGUGCCAGAUGACGGGAGAGGACCACCGGAGAGGGUUCAGCCGACAAACUGUAGCAGCGAUAGCCGAGACAGCGUUCAGACAAUGCGAUGUAUUUGCUAAAGACUUAGAGGCCUUUGCAAGACAUGCUAAAAGAAGCACAGUGAAUUCAGAAGAUGUGAAGCUCAUAGCCCGUCGCAGUACAGCAUUGUCCAUCCACAUACAAAGGAAAACUGAAGAACUGAACCAGGAAAAGAAGAGUACUGGGAAGAGGAAAAGCAGAGACACUGAGGAGGAGAGCAAAGAAUAAGGAAAGGACACAGGCAGCCCUGCAGUGUCUCACUUCUGCCCAACAUUCAAAAUAAACUUGAAGGCUAUUAGCAAUCA